AUGUUGUUUAAAGCAGAAUUCCUCCCAGGGGAGGAAGACAUCAAUUCUUUGAGCAAAGUUUCAAGCCACAAGUUUAACAAAAAGUCCUAUCUGAAGAGCCAAAGUCAGUACAUAAGCCUUGCUGUACAGAGCUUCUGGAGCAGAUCAGCAUGUGUGGAAAUCGUUCGCUGGAGGAAAGCCAUUAUUUACCUAAAUGGCAAGCACAGACUUUUCUCGCUCCUGUCACAAGCGCAUGAUGACACAGGUAACCUAAAGGUGGCAGAGGCCGACACCAAAGUAACAGCGGAGGCCAUAUCGCCCCAAGCAGCAGCAUCUUACUUACUGUUUCCUCAGCAGCUGCCUGAACCUACGCUGGGCCUGUUCCACACCUGCUGGGUCACUGCCGCCGCCGUGCAGCCGAACUCCCAAGUCACGGCCGCGGGCGGGGUGCUAUAUAGACCCAAGGCCAUCUCCCGCCUCGGGAGGGAGAGUGCAUUCCGUUUCUGCCGUGCACCAUUUCGUAGAAAAGGUUUCAAGAGCGGCUCCUGUGUCCCACCCCAGGCGUCCCCACUCCUUCUCGGGGCGACGCGGCCCACCUCGGUGGCAGCAGGUACCUGCUGGGCAACGGCUCCCGACUCCCACCUCCCCCUGCUCCCCAGGCCGCCACAGAGCGCCAGGCAGAGCGUACCGCCCUCGGGGCCACGGCCCGUGCGGUGCCACCCCAGCGGAGUGGGCAGGAGGGCAACGCUACCAACAACAGCUGAGCGGAACACUGAGCUGGGCCACGCUACUACGCCUGCGCCGCGCCCGGCGCGCCGGAAACAGCUGAGGCACGCGUCCUCUCACCGGCCGCCACGGGCGGGGCGCGGAUCAGCGGCGGGGACCGAGAGAGGUGACGUGAGGCGGUCGUGUGGCUCCUGGGGCGGAGCUCGGCGGAGCAAGAUCCAGCUCUCAGGACAGGUGUCCAGACGGGGAAAGAUGAACGUUCAUGGCAGCCUCUGGAGUUUUUUUGGUGAUGCUGUCCACUGCAGAAACCAUGAACCUGGAUGGGAGUGGCACACCAAAAUAGAUGGACAACCUGACACACAAGAGAGCAAUCCCACGUCAAAUUUACUAUUAAACUGCAAAUGUAAUUCUAAAGUUGUAAAGCUUUACUUGAAAACACUGGGUUAAUAAACUGAUAUAUUAUUUAA